UUUUUGUUUUUGUCAACAGGCAUUCAUUGCCCAACAUGACGAUGGGGAUAUUCCUACAGAUUUUAGCUCUAGGAGUUCUCGAACCAGGUCUAGAUCAGAAUUUUCUAUAUGCUGGAUCCAAACAAACACCAGCUAGUUUCUUGUCAUGUAUGGCUGGUGUCCGUCCUGCAUUGACUUUCGUUGCUUCUUGGAUUUUUAGUUUAGAGGCAGUUAGGCUUAAUCAGAGGCGCAGCCAGGCAAAAUUGAUAGGUACUAUAAUUAUGGCAGGAGGCGCCAUAAUUAUAGGACUUUAUAGUGGCCCUAUUAUAUCUUCAUCAUUCCACUCGGAUGUUCGUGAACAAGAAUCCGGGCUUAAAGUGGACUAUAUCGCGGGUUCUACCUAUGUGUUCAUUUCAGUGGUCUCAUAUGUUCUCUACAUCAUUUUAUCGGGAAAAGUUGUUAUGAAAUACCCUGCACCCCUUGCCCUCACGGCAUUCGUUUGCUUGACCGGAGCUAUUAUUAACACUGGGGUUGCAUUGGCUUCAGAAGUAAGACGUAAAGUUUCAUGGAGCAUUGGGUGGAACAUAAAACUACUUUCAUACUUCUAUGUUGGUCUUGUUGUAUCUGGUCUAGCUACAUAUGUUCAAAAUAUGUUGAUAGAGAGCAAGGGCCCGGUAUUCGUCACUGCCUUCAGCCCCUUGUCAAUGAUUUUAGCAAUAUUAUUUGGAUUAAUAAUACUAGGAGAAAGUGUGCAUUUAGGAAGUGUGAUAGGAGCGAUUCUGAUUAUAGGUGGAUUGUUCACUUUAUUAUGGGGCAAAAGCGGGAGAGAAGAAGUGCAGGUUUCUUAGCUUCUUCAGAAACGUGCAUCAUCUUCUGCAAUUCUGUUAUGGAUAGGCCAAUUUUAUUGAUGAAGGCUUAGCCAAGUUGUAUGCACACCCUUUUACAGACUUCAUAUAGAAUUGAACUUGUAUUAAUAAUAUUCUUAAUCUUUAUAUUGCCGUUGUAAAUGUAUAACUCAAUGAAAACUCAAAUAUUUCCCACCUAAUUCCUUGCCCUGAUGAGGCCUCAAACAUUUGUCCUUGCAUGUUGUGGCUAACAGUAUAUGAACACUACUUUAAUUUUUAAUUUUUGCUAUGAAAAUAAUUUCAAUAAAAAAUAAUAAAUAUUUGUUGAAAUAUAAUUUUGGUCACUAAACUAGUCAGGAAAACAUCUACUUAAAUUUUUCUACAACAAAAAUCCCAAUUAAGUAACUUGCAACAAAAAAUAUAAAAACAAUUUUUAGCAACUAAAAAUUGCAUUUAUGUCACAAAAUAAAUAAAUAAAUAAAUGAUGCUCAUAAAUAUGCUUCUUCGCAAAUUGCUUACACAACAAAGUCUUUCUGAACUUAAAAGGAUUUGCCUUUGUAUAGUUUAGGUGAAACUUUACUCCUAGUUUAGAGUUUAGUUCACAAUGACAACAUAUUAUAUAUUUUAAGAAUUUAGCAUCACUUGACUUUAACGACACAAUAAUAAUACUGUGUGAUAGGAUAAAGUUUAGAAUGGCUGUGUGGUUCAAGGAAGUGUUUAAAGAUAAUGAAUUCACAGUGCAUGAUUUUCCCUUUAACUUGAAGCUUAUUAGAUUCUGUUUGGGUGGAGAUGCGAGGGCAGUGCUAUAAGGAUGUAUAGUUCUGGGGUGUCUUGCUGCUGGGAUAUCCCAUUUUGUUCAGUGGGGGGCCUCGCAGUGGGAUAUUCAAUGGUUGGGUGGAUUGAUGAAAGUGGAAUCUUGGUGGAGGUUAAUAGUUAGCUUUGUUGUUCAGUGGGGGACCUCACAGUGUGAUCUUCAUUGGCUGGGUGGAUUGAUGAAGUUGGAAUUUUGGUGGAGAUUCAGUCAUCAGUGAAUGAAGCAGUUCUGGUCUGGGCUGCUGAAUACAUUAGGGAGCUGAGGUCUGUGCUGCUGCUGUAUGCUGGAAUUUCAGGAAGGUGGCUGCUGUUUGUGGUUAGCUUCUGCUGUUUGUGGAGUGGUCUGCUUUGAAUGUGCUGUGAUUGUUGCUUUGUAUUGCAGUAGGUUUGGUGUCUCAAUGGUGGCUUUUGCAUCAGAUGCUCUGUUUAGUUUGCUUUGUUUUGGCAUCUCCAGUUGGCUCUCCUGUGUGGGCAGCUGCAGGGCUGGUUGUCUUAUGCAUGGGUGCCCAAAUCUGUUCUGAUUUGUCCUGUUCUGAGUUACUAUUUUGUUCAGUUCUGAUUCUUGUUGCUGAGUUGAAUUGGUGCUGAUCUGUGUUGUUUUGGUGCUGUAUGGUAUCUGUUCUGUUAUAUUGCUUAAUUGUAGAGUUAUUUCUCAAUCUGUUUCCUAAUCAGCUGAAUUUGUUUACCGAGAAGAGUGCUAAUGGUUGCGGUAAAAAAGAAGAUCUGUAUAUGGUCUGAUGCCGAUGUCCAUUACCUACUGUUAAGAGGUAGUAUUGCUGCUAUUGCUGCUGCAGAGUUGCAUACAAUCAACAAUAUGUGCUGUAGCAUUUGAGAGGAAA